ACGAGUCACAAUCGGCGUGUACGAGUGUUUGUUUGGGAGCAAUUGGGCGAAAUGAUGCGAAAUUAAUACAGUGAGUUCGGACCUCCUUUGAUCAUCUGAUGGCUGUGCGUUCACCAUCAGGAUGAACGUCUUCAAAUUAAUCAACAACGCGUGUUGACGGGAAAGUUUUUGCCCACAUUAUCGCAUGCGGGCUGGAAAUAAUGCCGAGUGACGGUGACAAGUGGUGGGCUGAUGUUUCUUCAGGAGAUGCAGGUUAUCAGUACCAAUACUCCCGGCUGGCUACGGAGGAGAUGGAGAGCGACCCUCUGCGGGGUGACAGGGCACCCCAAUUCAGCAACCCGUCGUACCAAGCGCUAUCCGACCACAAGCUGCCGGGGUCCCAAAACGGACACCCGGACCGUCUCAACUCCCUGAGUAGUGAUGAUGACAUGAUCGACAUCACCACCACUGGCACCGUCUCAGAAAGAGCCAUGCUGGAGGAAGAAUUGGCGGCGGCCUCUCACAUAACAACCGAGAGUGAUGAGAUCCCGGGCAUCGGCCAGUAUGAGGAUUUCCACACAAUUGACUGGCAGCGGGACAUCGCCCGAGACCGAAUGCGACACCGAUACAUCAUCAAGAAAAAACAAAACUCAAUAUGUGACCUCAUCCGAGGCGCGCACGACGCUUGGUCAGGCUGGGUCUGCGUCCUGCUGGUUGGUCUGUUCACUGGUGCGGUGGCCGGAGUCAUCGAUAUCGGCGCAAGCUGGAUGACCGACCUCAAGUACGGAAUUUGUCCGCAAGCCUUCUGGCUUAACCAGGAGCAAUGCUGCUGGUCGUCGAACGAGACCGACUUUGAAGUGGGCUCAUGCAGUCAGUGGCUCACGUGGCCCGAAGUUUUUGGUCUUUCAAGAGAAGGCUCUGGUCCAUACGUUUUAUCAUACCUCCUCUACGUUUUAUGGGCAUUGCUCUUCGCCGCCCUCGCGGCAUGCCUGGUGAGAAUGUUCGCACCUUACGCUUGUGGCUCAGGUAUUCCUGAGAUCAAAACGAUCUUGAGUGGUUUCAUCAUCAGAGGUUACCUUGGGAAGUGGACUUUGAUAAUCAAGUCGGUGGGCAUCAUGUUGUCUGUUUCCGCUGGACUCAAUUUGGGUAAAGAGGGCCCCAUGGUGCACAUCGCCUGCUGUAUAGGCAACAUUCUCUCCUACUUGUUUCCAAAAUACGGCAGGAAUGAGGCCAAAAAAAGGGAAAUCUUGUCAGCAGCAGCUGCGGCUGGAGUUUCGGUGGCUUUUGGUGCACCCAUCGGUGGAGUCCUCUUCAGCUUGGAAGAGGUCAGCUACUACUUUCCCCUGAAAACUCUGUGGCGAUCCUUUUUCUGCGCUCUUGUGGCAGCAUUCAUCCUCCGCUCAAUCAACCCGUUCGGCAAUGAGCACUCUGUACUCUUCUACGUCGAGUACAGCAAAGACUGGAUCUUUUUCGAACUAGUACCAUUCAUCGGUCUGGGCGUAAUUGGUGGAGUCAUCGCCACCAUUUUCAUCAAGGCGAACCUUUGGUGGUGCCGCUACCGCAAGGUGUCCCGCCUCGGCCAGUACCCCGUGUCUGAGGUGCUGAUCGUGUCUCUGGUUACCGCUGUCAUCGCCUACCCCAAUCCGUACACGCGCAUGAGCACCAGCCAACUUAUCUACCUGCUGUUCAGCCAGUGUGGUGUUGCCAACUCGGAUCCCUUGUGCGACUACAACAGGAACUUCACCGACGUCAACUCGGCAAUUGAAACUGCUGCCGCUGGCCCUGGUGUGUACAACGCUCUCUGGCUGCUCAGUUUGGCGCUCAUCUUCAAGCUGGUUGGCACCAUUUUCACCUUUGGCAUCAAGGUUCCCUGCGGGCUCUUCAUCCCUUCGCUGUGCCUUGGCGCCAUUGUUGGAAGAUUUGUCGGCAUCGGGAUGGAGCAGUUGGCGUACAACUACCCGCACAUCUGGGUGUUCAGCGGCGAGUGCUCGACUGGGGACAACUGCAUCACGCCUGGCCUGUACGCCAUGGUCGGAGCAGCAGCCGUGCUGGGCGGUGUUACCAGAAUGACAGUGUCCUUGGUGGUGAUCAUGUUCGAGUUGACCGGCGGAGUGCGGUACAUCGUGCCGCUGAUGGCCGCAGCCAUGGCCAGCAAGUGGGUUGGUGACGCCCUGGGCCGGCAGGGCAUCUACGACGCCCACAUCAACCUCAAUGGAUACCCCUUCCUGGACAGCAAGGAGGAGUUUGAGCACACAUCGCUCGCUGCUGAUGUCAUGCAGCCAAAGAGAAAUGAACCGCUUAGUGUAAUAACUCAAGACUCAAUGACAGUGGACGACGUCGCGGCCUUGCUCAAAGAAACGGAACACAAUGGAUUCCCAGUGGUCGUUAGCAGAGAGAGCCAAUACCUAGUGGGAUUCGUCUUGAGGAGAGACCUCAACCUUGCCAUAGCAAACGCUAAGAGAUUAAACGAGGGCAUCACUGGCCAAUCUUUAGUGGUGUUUGUCAGUCCAAACGCGUCUGGAGAUGGAGGUGAAUCGUCCAUGGGAGCGAGACGGCCCGCGCCGCUGAUUCUGAAGAAGAUUCUCGACAUGGCGCCCAUCACCAUGACUGACCAGACACCGAUGGAGACUGUCGUGGACAUGUUCCGAAAGCUGGGCCUGAGACAGACGCUUGUCACCCACAAUGGUCGCCUGCUCGGGGUGAUCACAAAGAAAGAUGUUCUCAGACACAUCAAGCAGAUGGACAAUGAAGAUCCAAACUCAGUGCUGUUCAACUGAAUGAACUUUUUUAUGUAAUCCAACUUGACGGACUCGUUUGGUACAUAAAGCUUUCUUCCGAAUACUCUGAAGAGAUGCAGUAAAGCAUAAUAAUGAAUAACCGUGCAUAUAAUGUUAAAUAUUCUAUAUUUUAAUAUGUAUUAGUCGUCUAUACAUGAUUUUGAUGGCAUGUUGCCCUUCGAGGUGGAUUUCACUCCAACAAAUCGUGUCUAUGCGUGUUGCGUGUUAGAAAGCAGAAAUGAGUUACUAACAUUUGGCGAAGGGAUUUAUAUCUAGUAGGGACCACAGCCUCCAACUUUUCAAGAGCACUUUUUAGAAUGAGAAUCUUUUUACCUUCCUGAAUUCUUGAAAUUCUGCUUCAAAACGUACUAAAAGAUUUUAAUCAUGUUAUAAUUUAUUUUGCGUUUAAGUCAUAAUUAAUUUUGCCUGUUACAUUAAAAUUUUUAAUUGCAAAGAUCGUUGAUCUGAGAAAUAUCCAAAGUGACUCUUUGGUGUGCAUUCGAACUCCCGUGGUCGGGCCACUUUUUGUGAUAGUGUGUGCAAGAAGAGAAAGAAGAUUAUCAGACAGUAUCGCUUCUGUUCAAUAAUGGUGACUCCAGAAUGGCAUGAAAAAAUAUUCUACUUAACAAAACAACGGCAAAUUUUGCCCAAGUCAAUCUAUUAAUAUUAUUAUUGUACACUAUGAAAUAAAAUAAAUGUGAACUGAUGAAA